CCGGCCGUGCGUCCUGUAGUAAUCCUGUGCUGUAUGUCGCCCCGCAGAGAAAGUCUCCAGGUUGCUUUCACUGUCUGGGGGCAUGGAAGUUCUGCAAAAGGAGGCGAAGGAUAAUCCGUCGGCUUCAGCUAAUCUUCUCUCCAAGAUUUUCUUCUGUUGGCUGAAUCCUUUGUUCAGAAUCGGGUACAAGAGGAAGUUGGAGGAAGAUGACAUGUAUAAAGUUCUCCCAGAGGAUUCAUCAGAAAGACUUGGGGAGGAGCUACAAUGGUACUGGAACAGAGAGGUUCAACAGGCUGCAAAAGAGCUGCGCAAACCCAAACUUAGCAAAGUUCUUGUUCAGUGCUAUUGGAGAUCAUACUCACUCAUUGGAAUAUACAUCUUUAUAGAGGAAGUCAUCAAAGUCAUUCAGCCAGUGCUACUUGGGAAGAUAAUUGAGUACUUUGAGAGUUACGACCCCACCAACACAGCUGCAGUCUACGAGGCCUACAGCUAUGCUGCAGGCAUCUCCUUGUCGACCAUUGGCCUGGCUGUCCUUCAUCAUCUCUAUUUCUACCAUGUCCAGCGAGAAGGGAUGAAGAUCCGUGUGGCCAUGUGUCACAUGAUUUAUAGGAAGGCUCUUUGUCUCAACAGCAAAGCACUGGCCAAAACUACCACGGGACAAAUUGUAAACCUCUUAUCAAAUGAUGUCAACAAAUUUGAUGAGGUAACCUUGUAUUUGCACUUUUUGUGGAUUGGUCCUCUACAAGCAGCAACUGUGAUAUUAUUGUUGAUGUAUGCGAUUGGACCAUCAUGCCUUGCGGGAAUGGCUGUGUUUUUCAUCUUGAUGCCAAUACAGACUAUGUUCGGACGCUUUUUUUCUACUCUGAGGGCUGAAACAGCAGCCUUAACAGAUGACAGAAUACGAACGAUGAAUGAAGUCAUCUCUGGGAUCCGCGUUAUAAAGAUGUAUGGGUGGGAGAAACCUUUCGCUGCAUUGGUGGAUGAGGUCAGAAGAAUGGAAAUCUCCAAGAUCAUGAAAAGCUCCUACCUACGUGGCCUAAACAUGGCGUCUUUCUUUGUGGCCAGCAAGAUAAUCAUCUUUGUCACCGUCUGCGUCUACGUGCUGACAGGAAACCAGUUAUCUGCUAGCAGAGUCUUUAUGGCCGUUUCUCUCUACGGGGCGGUCAGACUCACCAUCACACUCUUCUUUCCCUUUGCCAUAGAGAAGGUCUCUGAGUCUCUCAUCAGCAUUAGAAGGAUUAAAACCUUUCUUCUGCUGGAUGAAGUUGCUCCUCUGCAUCAGGGGCUUCCUGUGGCAGAGAAGAAAGACUGCAUGGUAAAGAUUCAGGAUUUAAUAUGCUACUGGGAUAAGAUGCUAGAGGCUCCAACUUUGCACAACGUGUCUUUCACAGUGAGGCCAGAGCAGCUUCUGGCAGUAAUUGGAUCUGUUGGAGCUGGAAAGUCCUCGCUCCUCAGUGCCAUCUUGGGAGAACUGAGUCAGGAAAGUGGUGUGAUCAAGGUCAAGGGAGAGCUGACAUACACUUCUCAGCAGCCCUGGAUUUUACCUGGUACGAUUCGAAGCAACAUCCUUUUUGGCAAAGCGCUCAACCCCCAGAAGUAUGAUAGAGUUCUGAGAGCCUGCGCCCUCAAGAAAGACAUGGACCUGUUGCCAGGUGGUGACUUGGCGAUGGUCGGGGACAGAGGGGCCAACCUCAGUGGAGGCCAGAAGGCAAGGGUCAGCUUAGCAAGAGCAGUGUAUCAGGAUGCAGAUAUCUACCUGCUGGAUGACCCACUCAGUGCUGUGGACGCUGAGGUGGGCCGGCACCUCUUUGAAGAGUGCAUUUGUGGACUUUUGAGGAAGAAGCCUCGUAUCCUGGUUACUCAUCAACUACAGUAUCUGAAGGCUGCGGAUCAAAUUGUUGUCUUAAAGGAGGGUCAGAUGGUGGCACGUGGGACCUACAGUGAGCUGCAGGGCUCUGGAAUUGACUUCACCUCCCUGCUUAAGGAGGAGGAGGACCAGGAAGGGGAGAGGCACGGCACGACCCCCGUCUCUGUCUCCCGCUUUCCCCAUACGCUCUCUGACAACUCAAUGUCCUCUAUGUCCUCCCUCUCUUCCUCUCGGUACUCUUUGAUUGAGGGAGCAGAGCCACUUGCAGUGGUAGUGCAACCAACAGAGGAGGAAAGCCGCUCAGAGGGAAACGUUGGCCUGCGUAUGUAUGUGAAGUAUUUCAGGGCAGGCGCUAACUUCCUGGUCCUCCUGGUCCUCAUUUUACUCAAUGCCCUAGCACAUAUUACAUUUGUUCUACAGGACUGGUGGCUCGCUUGCUGGGCCUCUGAACAGAAGCACAUCAAUGUGACAGAGCACCUCAAUGGCAGCUUCCCUCGGCAGCUGGACCUUGACCUGUACCUAGGUGUUUACGCAGGUUUAACAGCUACUUCAGUAGUGUUUGGCUUCCUUCGCAGCCUGCUUUUCUUUAAUGUCCUGGUGAGCUCGGCCCAAACCCUGCACAACAGCAUGUUUAAUGCCAUCCUCCGGACCCCGGUACACUUUUUCGACAUCAACCCAAUUGGAAGAAUCCUCAACAGGUUUUCGAAGGACAUCGGUUACCUGGACUCUCUGCUCCCAUGGACGUUUGUGGACUUUAUCCAGGUAUUCCUCCAAGUCAUUGGAGUGAUUGCAGUAGCUGCCAUCAUCAUCCCCUGGAUCCUUAUUCCCGUUGUUCCCCUUCUUGCUGUCUUCCUGUUUCUGCGAUGCUACUUCCUGCAGACCUCCAGGGACAUCAAGCGCCUAGAGUCUACCACUCGGAGUCCCGUAUUCUCCCACCUUUCUUCCUCUCUCCAAGGCCUGAGCACCAUCCGUGCCUUCAAGGUUCAGCAGAGGUUUCAACAAUUGUUUGAUGAAUAUCAAGAUCUUCACUCAGAGGCCUGGUUCUUAUUCCUGACCACUUCUCGCUGGUUUGCUGUGCGCCUUGAUGGAAUUUGCUCAGUUUUUGUCACCAUUACUGCUUUUGGCUGUCUUUACCUCAGGGAUGGACUGGAACCAGGUGCGGUGGGUUUGGCUCUAUCGUAUGCUGUGACACUUACAGGCAUGUUCCAGUGGGGCGUCAGACAGAGUGCAGAGAUCGAGAACAUGAUGACAUCAGUGGAAAGAGUGGUUGAGUAUGCAGAGCUGGAGAGUGAAGCACCCUGGGAGACGGACAAACAGCCUCCACAUGAUUGGCCCAAGACAGGCUCCAUCACCUUUGACAGAGUCAACUUCUCUUACAGUGCCAGUGAGCCUUUGGUCCUAAAGAACCUGACACUUGUCUUCACAUCCAGAGAAAAGGUUGGCAUCGUUGGGCGCACUGGCGCUGGUAAAAGCUCCCUGAUCUCUGCCUUGUUCCGGCUAGCAGAACCAGAGGGAAGAAUAAUGAUUGAUGGUUUUCUGACUUCUGAGAUUGGUCUGCACUCCCUGCGCCAGAGAAUGUCCAUCAUCCCACAGGACCCAGUUCUCUUCACGGGCACCGUGAGGAAGAAUCUGGACCCUUUCAGGCAGCACACAGAUGAGGACCUGUGGAAUGCACUCCAAGAGGUGCAGAUGAAGGCCGUGGUGGAGGACCUGCCCAAUAAGCUGGAGACGGUGCUGACUGAGUCAGGCUCUAACUUCAGCGUGGGCCAGAGGCAGCUGGUGUGUCUGGCAAGGGCCAUCCUCCGGAAAAACCGCAUCCUCAUCAUUGAUGAGGCCACAGCCAAUGUGGACCCGAGAACUGACAGCCUCAUCCAGCAGACUAUCCGGGACAAGUUUCAAGAGUGCACAGUCCUCACCAUCGCUCACAGGCUCAACACUAUCAUUGACUGUGACAGAAUACUGGUUCUGGCUGCCGGCAGGAUCCAGGAGUAUGACCAGCCAUAUGUGCUGCUCCAGAACCAGGAUGGGCUCUUUUACCAGAUGGUGCAACAGACAGGCAGAGCUGAGGCCGCCUCACUGCUGCACACAGCCAAACAGGUUUACAUGAACAAAAAGCGAGUGGCAGACGUACGCUGUGCCAAGGACAUCCGUGUCAUCUUUGAGACCUCUCUUUGACAGUUUGGAGAGUCGGCUGUGGCCCUCGCGCUUGCCAUCACUGACCAAAUCCUUUACCAGAUGUUCUUAGAUUCCUUACUGUAUAUUAAAAAAUGUCUUUAGACUCCCAGGCCGAGUGUAGUAUAUGCUGCAUUUUGAUUGGCAUAGUCCUUUGGUAUGGAACAGAAAAGAGGAAAGUAUCUGAAGCAGGAUGUGCCUUUAUUGACAGCAUAUUACUGCAUGGCUUUUUAUUGAUUACACCCUGCUAUGUUUAUGUAUGUGUGUACUGGCCUCUUGGGUAGCUUCAAUCCUGCAAAAGAGUGCAGGUAUUGGAUGUGUUAAUCCUGGUGCAAUAAAUUACUGGUGGCUUAGAUUAUUCUUUCACGGUAAACAUUGUCUCGCAGGUCUUUUUAUUAUUUGGAAAAUGCUUGAAAAGACAAGGAGAACCUGAGAGGAGACACCAAUGUUUUCAGCAAUUAUUGUGCCUUAAUCAGACUAUUGAUUUUUUUUUGUAAUUGCACUGUUUUAACUGAGUAGUCCUCCAGCACUUUGACAAUAGUGGUUUUAUGUCUACCUCAGCUCUUGUCAGCAAAGGAACAGUAAAGUUUAAAUAUAACAUGUCAUGUACUGGUAAUGAUAAUGACUAGCACUAAGAAACGUGGGACAAAAGUUGUAAGUUUAUCGCCUCAGAAAAUCUCUCUCCACAGUGAUAUCAACUUUCUCUCUUUACUAUUUUGAUAAAUGGGCUGUUGUUGCUUUACAAAUAUAUCACUUUUUACCUUAGUAUUAAUGUGACAUUCAGUAGACUGUUUAAUGCUAUGUAUUUAUUUAGACUCUCUGUUUUCUAUAUUGUUGUGUUAUAACACUAAUUUUGAUAAAAUUUAACUGAGUUUGCAUUUUGUAGUUGUUUAGUUAUAAAAAAGUGAUGCAAAUGAUCACCAAAUGAAAUUUAAAUGACGUAUAAUAAAAGUGUUG